CAAACGGUGAAUUACCUAGAAGUUGUACUUGUACUUAGAAGUUUGAAUGAUUGAGGACUUGACUUUUGUGCUUUAUGUGAUUUGAUUGAUCUAUGAAUAUUGCAAGUGAAACAAAAGUUGUCGAUAUUCCUGAGUAACUUUCAUUCUGAGAGUCAAGAACAGAGUUGUUUCACAUUCUCAACCAUCGUCUUCAAUUCAUCAUAAUGUCUCCUCGCAUCGCGCAAAAAAGAUGACACGACGAGGCUGCAGACGUGAGUCUUGUUGGCUCUACCGAUGCACCACGCAGCGAUUGGGUGCACCGAGACGCUCACAUCAUGGGAGCGCUCAUCUGACCAAAUAAAGUAGUGCUUACAACAACUUCAAUGUUGUUACUACCCGCCCCCGUGAGUGGGUUUACAACUACUACUCCUACUACUACUAAUUUCGCAAAGAGCAACGCGCUCGCAGUAUGCAAGGAGUUCUCUCCUAGUAGAACGGGAGUAGAACAAGAUGAUCUACUAUCAUAGAACAAGAACGCCUCAUCUCAAUUGAAAAGCACGCUAAGAACUUCUGCUUGCACGAUGAUGGAGAACAAGAUGCUGUCUUCACUCUCGUCAAUAUCUACUUCGCCUAGAAGAAGUAGAAGAACUACUACUACCAAAACUCUUCUUCUCUCUAGAGCGACCACUUCUAGGAGAACUACAACCUCUCAACUUACUAGUAGAACAAGAGCAGCUUCCUCUUCCAGGCAUCCGCAUGCUAGAAGAAGUAUUAAAACAUCUCCUUCUAGGCAUCAGUACUAUCUAGUAGUUGCGGGACUAUUAUUUUCCGGAGAUGUCCUCUGUCGUGUUGUCAGCAGUCGCAGUGAAGAUGACUGGCUGGACGUAGAGAACUGGUCGAAUGUGGACAAGUCUUAUGGAUUUGUUUUUGAUAAGGGAGCCGCGUUUUCAUAAGUAGCCAUUGAACACGCUGCGGACUCUUGCGCUAGUAAAGAUAUACAGGGGGCACACUAGAAAGUGCAAAGGAUAGACCUCUGAACUAACAACACCUCGAGUAUAGGUACAAUCAUCAUCAGUCAGGUGACAAGAACUCUAAAAGUUGCGGUUCUCAUCCGCCGUAGCGAGUGCACUACGUGAGGCAGCUGCUUCUGACUAUUCGGACAGGCCGAACGCGGAAAGUGCCACUGUAGGUAGGGCACUUUAGGCAGAGAAGUAGCUUGAGGAACACGAGAAGUAGAGUUGUAGUAUCUACUUUGUGAAACUUGUAACCGAAGUAUGUUCGUCUAGCAUCUACUCAUAAUAGAUCUAGGUCUUCUUGAAGAAAGUGAAACUCACAACUACCAUCAACAAGGAGCAUCCACCCAAGAACAAGGAGCAUCCACGCAAGAACAAGGACGAUCCAUAAUCUUUUGUUCUUCUCCAGGUGCUACAGAAUUGAAACAAAAAGGAUCCGCCAUCUUCUCUAGGUACUUCUACGGAAAUUAUAGGAUUAAUGAAGCAUCCAUCGAUCAAUAUCUUUUGCUCUUUUCUAGGUACUUCUACGGAAAUUAUAGGAUUGAUGAAGCAUCCAUCAAUAUCGAAAACGCAGUCGCAGCCGAAGCAUUCGAGAACAACCAGCUUGGCACUUUUGCAACAGCCAACGCAGAGCGGACUUGCAAACCCGUCUGCGGCCUUCGGCGUCUACACCCCAACAGGUUUAAGAGUUCUCAGUAUACUCCAAGCUCACACCUGUAAGCAAUUUCCCGAGAAUUAUCGCAUGGUUGGAGGAGACGUGAUACCUUCUUAACACAGCUUAUGUUGUCUUUCCUAGUUGGGACAGCUCCACCACAACAAAUUUAUCUGCCAGUAUGUAUAAGAGACUAGUACUAACUACGAAGGGAUAUUUUAAUCUCAUAAUAUACAUGUUUAUUCCUAGUCAGGUGAUUUUUCUUCAGUAGUGUAGUCAAGAAGUGAAGAUUAGUACACUUACUGAGGUGGAAGUACUAGGAGUCUUCAGAACCGUGUCAGCCUCUAAGAACUGGACGUGCAGGCAUUGGUGCAUCCCAGAAUGCCCUGAGGACGGCUGAUGGAAGACGGAUUCCGCUGCUUAAGCUAGAAAUUUCAUAGAUUGUUUUCCUCGUCCUUUUCCAUUAAUCCCAGUUAGAAGAUCCCUCUCCGUAGACGUGUACUGAACUACGAAGACGACAGACUUGUAAGUAGUUCUCUUUUAUCCAAGAUGGUAUUGGACUAUGCAAGCAAGGGAUGCUCUUUAUUAGGCUCUCUUUCAUCAUUAUUGAACUACGAAGAUUGACAAACUGAAAGUUGUAAGCAGUUGUUCUUCAUCUAAGUUGCAAGGAGUAGAUAAUGGUGUCCCCUAUGGAAAUGUUCUGUCGCCACAAGGACCCAACGCUGCGAACGAGGCAGACGGACUGCCAAUAGGGGCGCCGACGUACUAUCGAGUCGAGUCUGGAGCCACAUGUCCAGAAGGAAGCUUCCUAUUAUGUGAUAACGGAAGAGAUUAGUAGUCGUCCUUCCUGGUAUUCUUCUAGGUGGUACUAAGAAAGUCGGUCUACUCUCCUGGCGAUGUUGUUACUGAGACAAUAUUAAUGUCAUUAAAGCAUAGAAGAUGUUGUUACAAGAAUAAUCUUGAACCAUGGAGGAGACAAUAAAGAAGAUGCAUGUUGUUACAACAAGAGUAUUUAUUAGUCUUGAAACUACAAGAAUGAGGUGGGGCUCGUUGCGCAGGAUCCAUAACCUAACCUAGCCUAGCCUUGAUGCAUGGACGUCGGGCGACAUGUAGUUCCACGUUUUGGCGUACUUGACUACGUUCAAGUCUAGAUCGUCUUUGUUCCUAUCGCGCUUACUCAUCUUUCAUAUGCUAGUACUGAAGAUGAGUGCGACUUCGCAGCUCGACGUCUGGGUGUGAAUCGCGCUGCCGGUGGAGUGCUUCGAGUUGACGCCAUUCGUUCACCGGAGUUGCUAUUACGGCUACUUAUACGACCCAUAGAUAUGAAUAAUAAAUAGGUCUAUAAUGUUGUUGUUCAUGCAUCAGGAGCAUCUAUCGCCACAUCCUGUAAAAGUAUUCUUCUUGUUGAAUACUAGUACAAAGAGGCAAGAACUAAAUAAAACAACCGGUUAGUUUUUGCCUCUAGCGUGUAGCCCCGGAAAGAAUACUAGCACAACAAAGAGGCAAGAACUACUAAAGUUAGUUGACCUCUUAGGGAAACAAAGGUCUAAUGCCACCGCGCGGCUGCAUCCUCCACGUCGCGGAAGGUGUCCUUGCAUGGAACACCCUUGGUACGGCGGUUGGCAGUGCGGCCGCUUAUGCUGGAGUAAUCCACUCCAUCUGCAAGACCCGAUCGAUUGGUGAAGUAACAACGUUGAUGGAUCGCAAUAACGAGUACGGAAAGACAAUCUUACCACACAUUUAUGACCCAUGCUUAUUUGAAGAUGUCCUAUAUAUUUUGAGAAUUAUUAACUAUAAUAUGAACUUCCCGUUCCCGUAGUAGUUGGAGAUCAACAAUGUGGUAUGUCCUAUUGACUAUGAAUAUCCUAUAGUAAAAUUAAGAUUAAUUGCUAGUGGUCCUCGUACACUGAAGCUGAACUCAUGUCAGAGGACAGACCAGGUGAUAGAUGCAUGAGUCUCGAAUCUAUAUCUAAGUCUUACAACUACCUCUCACUAAACUCGUCUAUACAUGGAUAAUGAGUGGUCGUAUUAACCAGAAGGACGCUCGUAGAUCUGUCGUAUAGCCUGCUCUACCAUCUCUAACCUCUGGUUUUCGGGCAUCUGAUUUUGUCGUGCCCAGAUCGGAACCAGAUCUUGGACAGCCCAAACCAGAUAGUGGCUUUGCGCAUGGCCAUGAAGAGCUUUUUGGUUCGGGCAAUAGUUAAGAUUUCAGGGUGGAUUCACAACUCAGGCCUACAGAUAUGAAGUGUAAUAUUUAGCAUUCUGAGAGACUCGGUGGAUUUGCUUCAAAUGUUAGCGGAGUCGACUAGCUCAUCUAACACAGUAUCAGAAAACACCUUCGGCGAGUCUCCACCAGAUGCGGGUCUGUGGGCUCCGGAGCGUCUCAAAGUCGAAAUCCUACUUCAGUUAAGGUUCUUACAACUUGUUUGUCCAUUUAUUGUUCUCGUUCUUACAACUUGUUUGUCCAUUUAUUGUUCUCGUUCUUACAACUUGUUUGUCCAUUUAUUGUUCUCGUUCUUACAACUUGUUUGUCCAUUUAUUGUUCUCGUUCUUACAACUUGUUUGUCCAUUUAUUGUUCUCGUUCUUACAACUUGUUUGUCCAUGAUUUAUUUCUGGGUAGUUGGAUAGAAGAAGAUUAUACCUGUUUAUUUUGGCCUUGCCAGGACCAGAAGGAAGGAAAUGCUCCCUAAGACAGGACAACCGGAAGAAUACAGCAAACUUCUCCGUCGACGGCAAUUAUGGUUCGGAUUACUCCAGUAUCAUUUUUAGUCUUUGUUCUAAUAAAUUAUGUAAUCUGAAAAUCUGAAAAAUAUCUAGAUUGUGUCAGGAGACGUCCGAGAUUCACAUGUAACAGAAGGAGCACCAUGAUCCUUUCAUUUCUAAUUCUCGCGUCUCGCGACCCCGCCAGAUGCGCCAGCUAGACUUGGGGUAUCCGCUGGAUUGACACCGAGGCAAAGUGGGGAUGUAAGGUAAAGAUAUAGAACUCGCUCGACGCAUUCUUCCAUGUCCACGACAAUUCUUUCGCUUAUAGACAUGGAUGUUGUCGACAUUGAAUCGGAUUUUCCAACCCUGACUCAUUCUUUCUACAUUCUUUAUCGAUACUUACAAUCGGAAUAAUUGAUUUCAAAAACCACUCACUAUCACUCCAACAAACGAACCCAUCUUUUUACAGACCAGCACUUGCCGGUGAAGAGGUCCAGGAGAACGCUAAGGCUAAUUCUUUGACGUUUGGCAAGUUUUUUGACGCCUCUGGCAACGGCAAUGGUCAACCACCUCCUAUCUUUUCGUCUGGCUCUAGCCCAUCCCUUUUUUUGCAGACGUCGAGUGCAGUCUUCAAUCAGGGCAACAGCGGAGACUUGCAGACGUCGAGUGCAGUCCCUCAGAAUGACAGCGAAGAUGCCAAUGAAGCGAAGAUUUCUGAACUGCUAAGGGCACAGCAGCAGACGCUCAGGGAGAUAGCAACCACACUCCACUUAUGACUGUGUUUAGAAAUGACCAUAGAAGUUCAAGUUGUAGUUAAUACUAGGAGAUGCACUGUAGAUGAAGAUAAUAGAAUUAGAAAUCUCCAUUCAUCCACUUAGGUUCACCUAUCAAUUGAAAAAACGCUGAAGGUGAAGAUCCCUCCACGCUAAUUAUAGCAGCGAAGGAGAGGAAGCGACUAGCGCAGGGUGUUGUUCUUGCAGGCCUUGCAGAUCCUUCAGAUGCGAAUAUCGAUCAGCAAGAAGCAGGCAAAAAGAGCACAAAAAGUAGGAGAACGAGAGGAGUUGUUCAACUUGCGAACGACCAUCCUAAUACUACAACAGGAACAAAGAAUAAGAAAGUUGCUGUGGUCUCACCAUCACCUGAAGACAGUGCUCGCACUUCUAGUACUUCUUCUUCCUCUCUUUAUGGCUUCCUCUAAUCCGUCUUUUUGAAAGACAUCCUGAAGAGUCUGCUUUUCAAGCGGAAAAGGCGCCUAGGAUGCAUCUGGAGAUGGAUUACGGUGAGUUCUAAUCUCGUUUCUCUUCCGAAAAGAACGCCUCCUUAACAAGCACAUCUUUUUCUUCCGAAAAGAAGCCUCCGGGAUCUUCAAUAAGCGCAUCUUUAUCUAGGGAACAAGAUCGGCACGACUAUGCGGAUCAGGAUAGAAGUUCUUUGAAGAAAAGAAGUGAGCACUUUCGCCAAGGCAUCGUCAAGGGAGGUCACGGCAUUGAGACGCCCCUUCUAUUAAGGCUCUUGAAGAUGACCAGGAUUUAUGUUCAUGUAGUGGGUGAAUGUACUGGUGAGGCGGUGCUCAAUGUGGACAAGGAUCCAUAACAUGAGACCUAACCGUACUCAACAAAGAAAAUAUAAAUAUCUACAGGAGUCCUGAAUAACGUCCCCCGGGACUGCUCUUUUCUUGGGAUCAUGGCUAUGAGUAUGUAAAUCAGUGUCCUCACAAGAAUAAAUAUGAUUCAUCAUUUAUUACAACACUGACGUCAUCUCAAGUGGAACUUUUUUGACUAUCUAAGGAUUACUCGCUUAUUACAACACUGACUGAAGAACUUCGACUUGUGCUUCUCUCUCAGUCCCACCCUCAUGAUCAUCUACAGCACUUCUAAUCUCGAACCUAGUGCAGCAACGGACUAGAACGAGAGGGAAGCUUCCUGUCCAGUGUGAACGAACCCCUGAUCGUUGUCUGAUCCUCUCGUUCGCCAUAGCCACUAGCAAUCGGGACCAAGGAGAAACAUACGGAAGAAGAUUGGCCAAUGUACUAGAUGAAGAUGAUCUAGAUGAAGAUGAUGCUCACGAAGACAAGAUGAAAAAGAUGACAUUUCACAUUUUCAGAUAGAGAUUGUUUCUGAGUAGGUAACUGCAAUCUAAUGGCUAUCAGCAUAGUAGAUCUAGAUUUGAUUGAUAUAGAUAUUCAUUACACUGACGACUACUGCGAGCACGACCAGGUUUCUGUUUUCUUUUCACUACCACCACGACCGCCACCAUCUACACUGCUGCAAGACCCUAUCAUCUACCUCUGUCUUCAUCAGGUAGCCAUGACGUAUGACUUCAAUGUUCGGGAAGGGCUAGCCUCAGCCUUGCGGCAGAACAGCAUUCUACCACCCGAGCAAUUCGCACUGCUUACUUUUGACGCCCAAGUAGUUGAUACGAAUGCCGUGUAUCCCUCCAGACCGGAUGCUGAUAGUCGCCUGCCGGGAAGUGCUGACUUGGCGUCAUCUUUUUAUGGACAUCGAUGAGGUUGUAGGAAUGAGUCUGAAGACUUGUGUGUUUCGUCUGACUGGUGUGUUUCUUGAUUUAGUAGUGGAUUAGAAGCUCAUUAUACAUUCAUUUGGUCGUGAGACAGAGGGAUUCUUGACUCCUACUUCUUGGCUCUCUUAUGAUCAUCAUUGAUGUACUUCCGUACUGACAUCUACACUUAGCAGCUGAAGCUAUAUCUAUAUCCAUGCGUCUGUGUGACUGACAAUCCCAACGAGAACAGUGGUUCUACCUGUAGUGCAUAGAUCCUGCUAGUAACAGGAGGCAUUGUCUUUUCUAAUCUAUCAUGGGAGAUUCCUACCAGGGUUCUUCCUCUCAGGACGCGUCCUUGGUCGAGCGAGGUCGCGGGAAGAGCGGCAUUGCCUUUCAUACGCCAGUUAUCGCCCUCUCUGGUGGCGAUGGUUUAACGAACUCGAUGGUGCAAAUGGUUAAGGCUAUAGACAAUUGCAACUUUCAUCUUUGACCGAGUUUGACUUUCAUCUUUAGCGUUUGACUGCAUUCUUGAAGACAGAGUCUUGAUCGUGAAGUAGAGUUUGGGUCAGUAUGCAUUUUCCUGCCAUAUCGAUAUUCUGUCUUCUCAAGGAUGCAGUCGAAAGAUGAAGUAAUGCGGAGGCAGGUUCUAAAAUAGGAUCUCCUCAGUCAAUUGUGAGACCAAUAGGCGCUGGCUUUCCUACAGACGAUGCAUUUGGGAGUCUUGUGGCGGCUGAGAAUAUGAAAGAGCUAUCUUCGAAACGUGGUUCAGCUUAUGAAACUGGUUUAUCCAUAGUGUCGUAUGUUCACUGACGUAGCUAGCAUGAAGAUAAGUGACCCAGUUGUAUCAUGACAUUGGCAUUGCUUUCUAGAUAAAUCGUAGAACACAGAAGAGAUUCAGGGAAGUCGUAUGUCCAAUCCGAACCGACUAACGUCAUCCGCAGUUUCUUACACGGAUCGCCGUCCUCGUACUAGAUUCAUGUCUACUCUACCGACCUCUCGGCACUUAUCUCUAAUCACGAAGUAGCACUCUCUCCUCUGGAACAGAGGGCGCUGCUGACCAAUUUAUCGCACCUGACGCGUCACGCAAUAUGUUAGGCGGCGAGUUGCCAGAGUUGUCGCCACUUGACUAUGUAGGAGCACGAAUGCAAGGUAGCAAAGGGUGGGGCAGCUCAGAUUCAUACGCAGAAGCAGGGAAAAAUCUUAUGAUGUCUGCUUCAGUGAAGAAUGGGGUUACUCGUUGAUUUAACUAUAAUUUAGAAGCAAAUUAAUUUUGAACACUCACGCCAUGGUUGGACUUUUGUUUUUCACCUUAGAAAAGGUAUGCGCGUUGAAUUAUCAGUGAAGAGUUUACUUCUCUAUCGCACGACUACGACUAGGAUCAUCUUCAUCAUUACUCUAAAGGCAGAGGCAGGCGAAAAAAGCUCAGCCGUACGCAGAUCGCCCUAAUGGAGCAUAGGAGACAGCGAACGGACGACUUGAUCCACGCAAAAGAGAUUAUGGCUUCGUCUACAGAUACUUCUGAUGUUCAUCCUUCGACCCUGUAUUCUUCUCUUAGUGCUGCAUGAUGAUCGAUUCUUGCUGCACCUUGAUUUUCUGUCGUGUAGUUAAAUGAUAACUUGUUCCUAGCUUUUAGGUUUGGUAAUAUUCCGACUUCUAUUAGAAAUACAAUAGCCAGACUUGUCAUUUAGAGUCGGACUCAAGAAGAAAGAAGUACUGCUCUCUAAGCUUGCGGCUGGCGCAGGCGGGCCACAUAGCUUGCUGGCAGUGGGAGAGCGGAAAUCUGGAGAAUCAGCUGAGCGGCGAGCACUCCUGAAUAUGCUGUACGGCGAAGACCUAGCGGAGUUGGUCCACUUACACCAGUGACGAUACUUCUCCACUAGUGAAGAUACUAUACCAGUGAAGAUACUACACCAGUGAAGAAGAGAGCUGUCUUGAUAUAGUGGAUGAGAUAAAUUGAAUGAUGUUAGAAAGGAAUCCAAUUCCAACUAGUAAGCUUUGUUGACAGUGACAGAAGAUAGAUGAGGGCGAAAAUUGACUAAUGACUGACACUGACGACGAUGCAACAAUGAACAUCACAAGUAAAAAAGUAGAUUGCUUGAUAGUAGAAUCAAGAGCAUGAAGGUGCUCUGCGCUGAAUCAUCUUGAUGGCCUUCAAAAAAUUAACGAUUCAAUAGAAAAAAUAAUGUAACACGAGUCAACAUGAUUUCCUUCCAGAGUCAUUUUUUACUACUAGUCUAUCUUCAAAAAUCUUACCUUAUAUUCUAAUGAAGCCCCAUGAAAAUCCCAAUGAAGCUCAAGUAGCAACAAGAAUAGCCUUAUCAAAUAACACUCAAACUACAAGAGCAAUGUAGUGGCAAAUUAUGUUGACACAGACACUACAACUAACAAGAACAUCAACGUUGUAAAAGCGGAGAAUACAACUUCGCAUGUACAGUUUGUAGCAUAGUUUGUGAACAGCAAGACACAGGACGAGGAAGAGAGCACACAGGAAGUACUUGUGCAUGUAGUAGCAUCCAUGACAGCCUGAUGAACGUCAACGUGGUCAUACGCAGCAGGGACAAGAUUAUUGUCAUUACAGAUGCAUGUUGUGAUGUUGUACCAUAGACUUUUUGUUUUUCGACGCGACCAGCAGCAAGAUUUGGACAAACAUAUGGCUCGCACCUUACCACCGUGUCACGAUCGUUCGCAUGACCACACGAACAUCACUCCAGACUCGCUCGUUGUACAAUCCUCACGUCCAGAAGAGUUCGGAAAAAUAACUACAACUAGUUGUUCGUAGAAAGUCGGGAAGAUUUCGUAGAAGGGUGCAUCAAAAUG